AUGGCCACCCCCGAGCAAGAACUGCCUCGCUUCGAAUUCGACCCUUCCAGCCAAAGACCUUCUGAUGACGAUAGCACGGCGGUGGAAAAUGACAGGCACGAAGGCUCGGUCGACAGUAGGUUGUUACACGACCGGCUGAAGGUGGAAACACAGCGUCGAGAUACAAAUACACGCUUUGACGACCCGCGGUCCCCGAGCAAGACACGUGAGGAGGCUCAUCGACUUGAGGAUGAAUUGGCCGUGCAGAGAGCUGAACGGCUCACGUCAAUAGAAUCCCGGGGGUCAGAGGGCGGUCGGACUUCGACACAACUUCAUCGAUCCCGGUCAAGAGCACCCGAACCACUCGACGAGUUCGAUACGGCUACGAACCCUAUCCACGAACGCACGGCCAUAUACAAGCCGCCUGAAAACCCCAGCACCAAGAUCGCCAAGUUCUUCAAAUACAUUCAUCAGUCCAGCUUUGUUAUCCGCUACUUCACUUAUAUCGUCCCGGUCUUUGCCCUUCUACUAAUUCCCAUCCUGGUGGGAGCAUUCCUGCCUGUCGCCGAGCAUGCAAGUGUUGGUGGUGUUAAGUUGAUUUGGUUUGGUGUAUGGCUUGAAAUCAUCUGGUUGACUCUCUGGGCCGGCCGUAUCGUUGCCCGGAUGAUCCCUUAUCCUCUCGGUCUUAUCUCAAGCCUCUUUACGAACAAUGCCAAAAAGUGGCGAGAUCUGGGCAAGGCCCUUGAAAUCCCAGCGACGAUCUUCUUCUGGUGGCUCGGUAUCGAGGUAUCUUUCUUGCCAACAAUGACUAACCACCAUGUUGAUGGCUCCAAACAAACCAAGCAUUGGGAAAGGACCCUUAACAAGGUCAUCAUCUCCAUCUUCGUGGGCGCGACCUUGAACUUCAUCGAGAAGAUCAUUAUUCAGCUGAUCGCUAUUUCCUUCCACUUGCGGACCUAUGCAGACCGCAUUGAGAUCAAUAAAUUCCAGAUUGGCAGCUUGACGAAGCUGUACAUAUUUUCCAAGGCCAAAAUCGCCAUGGAGGACGCCGAAUUCGAAGAGAAACACGUGGAGCCGGGGUCGGGUACCAAAACACCUGCGCUGUAUGCCGCUCAAGCUCAGGAAGCUCUCACCAAGGCAUUUGCCAAAGUGGGUGACGUGGCUGGUACAGUCGCGGGUGAUUUUACUGGGAGGAAGGUUGCAAAAAGUGGCCACCCUUCUCAGGUCGUCUUGGCCUUGCUCAACAGCACCAACGGAUCACAGGUUCUGGCUCGACGCCUGUAUCGUACAUUCGUGCGAGAGGGUUCUGACACCGUGUCGUCAGAAGACUUGAAGUUGGCUUUUGACAACGAAGACGAAGCUGAAGCUGCUUUCAGCAUGUUCGACAAGGAUAUGAAUGGGGAUAUCUCCAUGGAGGAGCUUGAGGCGGUCUGUGUGGAGAUUGGAAGGGAACGCAAAUCAAUCACGGCUUCUCUCAAGGACCUCGACUCGGUCGUCAGCAAGCUUGACGAUGUUCUGUUUUUCGUUGUGGGCGUCGUCACUAUCCUGGUCCUCAUCUCUCUCAUUUCCACGUCGGCGGCCGGAGUCCUGACUUCUGCUGGCUCGGCAGUCCUCGCUCUCUCCUGGCUGUUCUCCGCUACGGCUCAAGAAUUCCUUCAGUCUUGCAUCUUUGUCUUCGUCAAGCACCCUUUCGACGUUGGAGACCGAGUUUCGAUCUACGGCAACACCGGGUCGUCGCUGAAGGGAGAUGACUACUUCGUCAAGGAAAUCUCGUUGCUGUACACAGAAUUCAAGAAGAUGGAAGGCCACAUUGUUCAAGCGCCAAACUCCUACCUUAACACGUUAUUCAUCUUGAACAUGCGGCGUUCUGGAGGUCUUGCUGAAGCCGUUCCUAUCGUCAUUAGGUUUGGGACCACUCUGGAACAAAUCGAGGGUUUGCGCAACUCGCUACUCGAGUUUGUCAAAUCGGAGAAGCGUGAGUAUCAGGGCAAUAUCUUGACUGAACUUAGGGAAGUAACCGAAGCGUAUUCCCUCACAUUGAAUGUUGUCUUCUUCUACAAGUCGAAUUGGCAAAACGAGCUGCUUCGACUGCAGCGAAGGAACAAAUUCAUCUGCGCAAUGAUGGUUGCUAUACAAGAGCUUGGUAUCGAAGGACCUCGUCGUAACCAAGCGGGUUGGAGACCGGAUGUUCCAUACUUUAUGCAAUUGCCUCCGGGCGCUCCUCCCCUCGUCGGUGCUGGCAACGACCUGCAACCUGGCCCUCCUUCAGGAACUAUCACUGGUGAUCCGAUCCAUCAGACACCGGCAGUUGCAGCCCCCCCGUUUCAGUACCCUUCUAUCUUGCGACGACGGCCUAGUACAGGCCAACUAGGACGACCUAGAGGCGAGUCACUGUCGGCCAUGGCCAGGAGAGUGGAUUUUUCGUUGGGUAUGAAAGACGUCAGCUCAGGAGAGCAACUCUCGGAUGUGUACGAAGAUCGAAGUCGCCCAAACUUCGAAGAGGUAAUUCGAGAAUCCAACAGGAUCGAAGAGGAGCGCAGGGUCUCCGAGUCUCAGGAACGAGAUACCCACGGAAGGUCCACGUCUCGCGAGGGGCACAUGAUGAGCGGGAUCCUUCGGCGCUCGACCACUCAAAGCUUUGGCGGUAACAGCAGAGCGUCCGUUGGGGGUCAUCAUCGGGCUUCGAUCAGCAGCACCGAGACACAUCGCAAUCGCUUCCUGAGCCGCUUCAAUCGUCCUGGUCGAAGCAUUGAUCUUCCGCGUGACUCAUUGGCGGAAGAGGGCCAGGCACCUCCCAUCCCAUCAGUCCGACCUCUUGACGCGAGGUCUGGGAAAGUCAGCUCGCAGGCAGUUCGCGCAGACUCCAUUGCAUCCCGCUCUCAUGAAAACGAGCCAUUCCCAGCCAUGGGCCCUGUGGAUAGCAACGCAGAGGACUUUGAACUGAGGAGGCUGGGUGGAGAGAGUUCGUCCGGCCGACAGCAUUAA